AUGUUCACAGUAAAGGCAACUUAUCGAAACGAGACUCGCAAGUUUUCUUUCUCAGGGACUGUCUUGUUCCCCACAUACGAGGAGCUUUACCAGCAGCUGUAUCGCAUAUUUCCUAUAAGCCAUAAUUAUUAUCUUUCUAAACUCAUUUUCUCUCCUGACGUGUCUAGGACGUCUCGUAUUCUAAUUGGAAAAGAAGUCCAUAACGCAGAGGAGUAUAACACUCGUAUUGCCCCUUUACGCAGGCGCUGGCCCAACCCACUGCUUAGGUUCUCUAUCUUCGACGAGACUCCCCACAAAGCACCCAGCGCAACGGUCGAAGAUUCUCGGGAGGUCCUUAAUCCUUUGUCCUUCAUGGCGAUUCCUCCACCUCCUACACUUUUGUCGACUCCUCCACCACCCAAUUUGUCAUCCGCGUCAUCUUUCGAUACACGUUUCCAGGAGUUUCUAUCAUUCAAGGCGGCUCAUCCACCGCCACCUUCUAGACCACUUCCUACCCUUGAAGGUAGUUUUCUUGCGCCUCAAAUCUCGCCUUCGUUCAUUUCGCCGCCACCACCUAUCAUAUUCUCAGAACCACCUACUCUCUCUAGGCAUCCCUCUCUUCCAAGUCUUCCUUCUCUCUCGUAUCAAGCGGCCUCCCCUAAGUCAUGUUGCUCAGUCGCCAAAGGGAAGUCGGAAAUGGAAACUUUAUUGACAUCUUUCAGGAAAGAUAUUGAUCGUAUCAUACUCGAUACUUUUGGCGAGUGCAAUGCUUCAGCACAAGUCGAUACAUCUCAUCGGCAGACCCCUUUUGGAGCGGGAGCAUCCAACGAGGCUCCUCAUGCUUCGUCAGAGGCGUCGUUCAACACAAUGAACGUCUCAAUGGAACCUCUUUCAUCACAUUGGUGUUUCGUCUGCAGGAAUGAGUUUUCUGGAAGCUGGUAUGGGUGUGUGAAAUGCCCGUGGCACUAUGUUUGUCCAAGCUGUUUUUCCAAAUCUGGCGCUAUGCACACGUUCAGUUUUGGGCCAACUCACGUUGUCCAGCAGCAUGAAACUGUACCGUCAAUCGCCAUCACACCGUCAGCCGCGGAAAUAUCUGCAGAAUCUCAGUCUACCAGAACUGAGCUUGUUGAUGCCGAGCCUAGCCAAAACACGCCUGUCAUUCACCGAAAUAUUCUUUGUGACAACUGCAACGAAAUAAUUGUUGGUGUCAGACGUAAAUGCCUGGAUUGUCCUGACUAUGAUCUAUGCACGCCCUGUAUUGAGUCAGGUGCUGCAGAGAGGCACAAUCCGUUCCACGAAUUCUUCGACAUUGAAAUACCUGGACGAGUGCUCGUUCAUACGGUCUUUAGUGGAAGCGGGGAGCGUGAUGUUUCACCAAACAGUGGCAGUACCACAGCAGAUAGUCCUCGCACUUCCGCGGCGACGCCAGUGAGCACCAUAGAGACUAUUCGUCAUUGCGCGGCUUGCAACCUGUGUGACUCUCCCAUUGUUGGUGAUCGCUUCAAAUGUGUCAAUUGUCCAGGUAAAAGUCCACUUCUGGAUGAUCUUAAGAGUGCUAAUGGUGUUUUGAAAGAUUUUGAUACUUGUGCCGACUGCUUCAAGAUUACUGGAGAGCAACAUCCUUAUCACGGCUUUGUGCGGGUGAGCAAGCCGAGCGACCUUGUGAUGCGCAAUGCAGUGACCAACAGAACUACUCACUACGCGACGUGUGAUGCUUGCCGCGAGACCAUUCGUGGUGUCCGUUAUAAGUGCAUGCACCCUAGUUGUCCAGAUUUCGACCUGUGUCAGAAUUGCGAAGCUCUCCCUAUCCCGGUCCACCCUUCUAUUCAUCCAUUAUUGAAGAUGAAGACUCCAGACACGGUCAUCCCUACCGUGUACAGAGUCGGGAUGACCAAUCUCAUCCAUUCUCGAAGGACAUCUCAGGGGAGCAUCCCUCCCGAGACUUUUAAACCUCGUCCUCCGAAAUCUCCAUCCGUUUCUGUAUCGCGCACCUCUUCCGAGAUUUCUGUGAAAAAAGAAGAGGAGCCGUCUCCUGCUCCCGAGUCUCUGAGUCCCCUUGCUAUCUUAGCACAGUGCCCCGAUUGCGUCAGUGAAAACUCUGUCGCUUCUUGGGGUUAUGGUCUAACUCCUGCUAAAUUACCGCAACCCCCGCAGUCUGUCACUCCUAACUGCAAAGAACCUUCCUCGUCUCCCACCAAAUCAAGUACCAGCUCCUGCUACCAGGUGAUCAGACCUGUCGAGUCCGAGAAGCCUUCCACUGUUGAUCGCGAACAAUCGACUUCACCUUACAGUAACUUGGUCCAGGCGAUUGAUCGCUCUUCCGUCGAGGUGAACUCGCCACCCCUCGACCUGAACCCUUCACUCGAUAUCUUUCGUGAAGUUUGGCCAAAAGUGAAUCGAGAAAUGAAAUACCUCACUGAAGCAAGACAAGUCGAAGUAAAUCCGUCUAGUUCUGUGGCCGACUCCGACAAAGCCAUCGAAACCGAUCUGGGAAAGCUGGUGGAAUCUACCACUUCUCUUGUCAAAGCAAUUCGCCCUACAGAAUCUGUGGACUCACUCCUCAAGGAAGAGUCGCCUGUAAUCCCGACGCUGUCUUUUGAUGUUCCACCGAUGGAUUUUGCUGGACUUCUACGUGGUUUCCGUACACCGUCCCCUGUCGCUUCUAAAGCACCCACUCCAUCCAGUAGAACUUUUCCUUCCCUCCCUGAUAGCGUCACAGAUGUCACAGAUGAAGAAGCCACUACUACGCCCAGCCUAGAACAGCAACAGGCGGGAAUUACACCUUUCAGCUGUGCUUUUGUAUCCGACACGACAGUUCCUAGCGGUCAGAUUUUUCCACCUGGUGCUGAGUUCGUUAAGUCCUGGCGGAUGUUAAACGAUGGGGACAAGGCUUGGCCAGAGACGACUCAGAUCCACUUCGUUGCGGGGGAGUCUUUCUCACCUGGAGCUGACUCUUCGAUUGUUGUCAAAGUAGGACGUGUUGAUCCCGGUGAAGCUCUUGAUGUGUGGACCGGUGACCUGAAGGCACCCGAUGCUCCUGGUAGAUAUGUCAGUUACUGGAAGUUGACGGACGGUGCUGGCGAAAUGUUUGGUCCUAGCGUUUGGAUUGACGUUACUGUCACCGAGCCUCGUCAGUCAGCUGAUGAAGCUGACGAUGAUUCUUUGGCAUCAUCUUCUAUGGUCAUGCCAAAGUCAUCAUCUGACAAUAGGUCUGCUCAUUCUGUCGGACCCCUUGGUCAUUUAUUUGAACCGUCAUAUCGUUCAACGUCCAAACCUACGACGGACGGGACGGAUGAUGGGGCCUCUGACGGAUCGUCAGUAUCAUUGGUCAGCGUCCCUUCGUCUGAUGACUAUGGAUCGGACUGGCAGGAUACGCAUUCCCAGCCUGAGAAUCUUGAGUACGUUGUGCUAUACGACAGCAAUGGCUCAGAGGAUGAAUAA